ACACAGUCCUUCUCUUAUACUGGCCCUGCACAGGAAGACCUCCACAAGACACACACACACAUUGACACAGUGAAAGGACAGACAGGUAAAUAACAUGGGCAUGACACUAACGUCUGGCCAAACUAACCACACACCUUACCAACUAAGUGACAAGAAUUGUAAGACGAUGAAGAACUCGACAGAAUAUGAAUGGGGAUACGAGUACUACGAUGACUAUCUGGAUCCAGUCUUAGUGAACGCGAGUACACUGACGUACAACCGAUAUUCAAUUGUCCUCAUUUUCUGGGUCCUUCUGGCAGCAUUCAUUGGAUUAUUCUUUCUUAUUUUGCUACAUAUUUCACACUCUGGGCAGCAGUCAAGGGGCCCUGGAGUCAAAAAAUCUGGCGUGCCACUAAUGAAAGAUUAUGAAUCUCCCAGAACAGAAUAAAAAUGCUGUCAAUAAAGAAAUUAAGAAGCUAAACUCGAUGUUUAAUGU